AUGGUGACAGAAUUCCUACUCCUGGGAUUCACUGAUAGCAUUGAACUGCAGAUGUUACACUUCAUACUAUUCCUACUGAUUUAUUUGAUAGCCAUGAUAGGGAAUCUUCUCCUGAUCCUUGUUGUAGCUGUGGACUCCCGUCUUCAUACUCCUAUGUACUUCUUUCUGGCUAACUUAUCCAUCCUUGAUAUCUGCUACAUCUCUGUCACCAUCCCUAAAUCCAUAGAUGUCUCCUUUACUGGCAUCAGGUCAAUUUCCUUCUUCGGUUGCAUGGCCCAGAUCUUUUUGGGAAUCACCUUUGGGUCUGUAGAAAUGGCUCUCCUCACAGUCAUGGCCUAUGACCGCUACAUCGCAAUAUGCUACCCACUGCAUUACCACAUCAUCAUGAAUAAGGUGAAGUGUUCCAGUAUGGCAGCUGGUUGCUGGGUGAUUAGCAUUAUCUAUUCUGCACUGCACACCCUGAACAUCAUCAUCUUGCCAUUUUGUGGGCCAAAUGACAUCAAUCAGUUAUUUUGUGAUAUUCCUCAAGUCCUAAAGCUUGCUUGCUCUGACACAUUUGGCCAUGAGAGGGCAAUCCUUGUAUGUGGUAUUGUUUUGGGUGCAAUUAUCUGCUCUUCAAUCAGUGCGUCCUAUGUCCACAUAUUUUCUACUAUCCUAAAAAUCCCUUCCUCACAAGGUAAGCACAAAGCUUUUUCCACAUGUUUUCCCCAUCUUAUGGUUUUCUUUUUAUUUAUCAUUACUGGGAUGUUCACAUACAUGAAGAAAGGUUCAGAAGUUUUGUUCUUCAAUGAAAUCUUGGCAGCUCUCUUAUAUUCUAUAGUGCCACCAAUAGCCAAUCCAAUAAUUUACAGCUUGAGAAACAAGGAGAUCAAAAAGGCCCUAAGACAUUUGAUGAACAAAGUGCUCUCCAUCAAAGAGGUGACUUCAGAAAAGUCAAAGGGAAAUGAGUAA